AUGUCGGAGUUCUUCGAGUGUCGCAGCGGCCUGUCGGAGGAGACGUUCAGCUGGCAGGUGCCGCCGGGCGUGCUGCAGGCGCUGCCGUUCUUCUGGGGCCUGGCCGAGGACAUGGACGAGUACCGGCGUGUCGUCUGCUCGCUCAGGUACCUGAUGCUGAAGGCGCAGGCCGGGCUGGCGGCCGAGCUGCUGGGGGACCUGCGCGCCGCCCAGCUGCCCGACUCGCCGGCGCGCCGGCUCUACCUGGAGCACCCGCACGUGCGCGAGGUGACCGAGUUCGUCUCGCACAGCCUGCACCUGUUCUUCAGGUCCCCCAGCCUGGUGCUACAGCAGGCGCUGAACGAGCCGGCCGACAGCUGGCCGGCCGCGCCCACCUGUCCCCCAGCCUGGUGCUGCAGCAGGCGCUGA